AUGCCUGCGCCAGAUCCCUUUGGGGACGAGAAUCGCUCGCCGAUGAUGAAUCCCCAACAUCUGAACAGCUACAACAAUCGGACGCCUUCUCCUGGUCGUCCGCUCGAUACCUACCAGCUCUCUGACAACCCAUAUGGGCCCACCGGGCAUCUGCCCAUGCCCUCCAGCGAUCGCCUGGCCGAACAACCGACUUACUCGGUUGAGAAUAUCCAUAAUUCCUAUGGCCACAACGAAACGUAUGAAGGACACGGUCGUCCUUAUCCCGGGUACGAGUAUUCGGUUGACCCCGAAGCCCACCACGAUGCCUACUACACUCAGCCUUACCAGCCAUCGCACACCCCACAUGACGAUUGUGACUUGGGCCAGUACCCAGAAGGCGGGCAUACCCCUUAUGACGACCAAGCGCCUAUGUUGCAGCAGCCGGAGAACCCUUUUGGGCCGGACUACUCCAAUGAUUACCAGGAUGAGCCCCAGCCAACCCCCAGCCCGGCCCCCAUCCGGCGGUGGAAGACCGUCAAGGAAGUUCAGCUCUUCAACGGCAAUCUCGUCCUGGACUGUCCCAUUGCGCCCAAACUGCUCAGUCAGGUCCCGCACGCCGAGGCCCCGGGCCGCGACGAAUUCACGCACAUGCGAUACUCGGCGGCCACUUGCGAUCCGGCCGACUUCUUUGAGGAGCGGUUUACCUUGCGCCAGAAGCUUUUCGCGAAGCCCCGCCAUACAGAGCUUUUCAUUGCCGUGACCAUGUACAACGAGGAUGAUUUCUUGUUCGCCCGAACCAUGAGCGGUGUGUUCAAGAACAUUGAGCACAUGUGCUCGCGCACCAGCAGCAAGACCUGGGGUAAGGAUGCUUGGAAAAAGAUUGUGGUUUGCGUGAUCAGCGACGGCCGUGCCAAGAUCAAUCCGCGAACCCGUGCUGUCUUGGCUGGUCUGGGUGUGUACCAGGAUGGAAUCGCCAAGCAGCAAGUCAACGGCAAGGACGUGACGGCGCACAUCUACGAGUACACGACACAGGUGGGCAUGGAGUUGAAGGGCAACCAGGUUCACCUCAAGCCGCGCUCGGGGCCCCCAGUCCAAAUGAUUUUCUGCUUGAAGGAAAAGAACCAGAAGAAGAUCAACUCGCACCGCUGGUUUUUCCAAGCCUUCGGCCGCGUGCUGGAUCCCAACAUUUGCGUGCUCCUGGAUGCCGGUACGAAGCCUGGCAAGGACUCGAUUUACCAACUGUGGAAAGCCUUUGAUGUCGAGCCCAUGUGUGGUGGUGCUUGUGGAGAGAUCAAGGUCAUGUUGUCGCAUGGCAAGAAGCUGCUGAACCCGUUGGUUGCCGGUCAAAAUUUCGAGUACAAGCUGAGUAACAUUCUGGAUAAACCCUUGGAGUCCUCGUUCGGCUUUAUUACGGUGUUGCCCGGUGCCUUUUCCGCCUACCGGUACGUUGCGUUGCAGAACGACAAGAACGGACAGGGACCGCUUGAGCGAUACUUCUUGGGUGAGAAGAUGCAUGGUGCCAAUGCUGGUAUUUUCACGGCGAACAUGUAUCUGGCCGAGGAUCGAAUUCUGUGUUUCGAGAUUGUCUCCAAGCGCAAGUGUCGCUGGCUCCUCCAAUAUGUCAAGUCGUCGACCGGCGAGACCGAUGUGCCCGAUCGCAUGGCCGAAUUUAUCCUGCAGCGGCGUCGUUGGCUCAACGGCAGUUUCUUCGCUGCUGUCUAUGCCAUUACCCAUUUCUAUCAGAUUUUCCGCAGCGACCACAGCAUCUUUCGCAAGUUUGCGCUGAUGAUUGAGUUCAUCUACCAAACGAUCGCUAUGAUUUUCGCUUGGUUUGGCAUCGGUAACUUCUUCUUGGUCUUCCACAUCUUGACAACGUACCUGGGUCAGAAAAACCUCUUGGAUAAGGCGGGUCAGGUGCUGGGCAUCGUUUUUGAAUGGCUUUACCUUGCAACUCUGGUUACAUGUUUCGUCUUGGCUCUUGGUAAUCGACCGGGUGGAUCGAACAAAUUCUACAUGACCAUGGUCUACUUCUGGAUCGGCAUCAUGAUUUAUUUGUCCUUCGCGGCAGUGUUUGUCACGGUCAGGUCGAUCCAGUCCGAAGUCAAAACGGACCACUUCACGGUCAGCCAUCUUUUCACCAACGAGACUUUCUUCACGAUUAUUGUCUCGCUCGGAUCGACGUAUGUCAUGUGGUUUAUAGCCUCGUUCAUCUUCAUGGAUCCGUGGCAUAUGUUCACUUCCUUCAUCCAAUACAUUUUGCUGACACCGACCUACAUCAACGUGCUGAACAUUUACGCUUUUUGCAACACUCACGAUAUCACCUGGGGUACCAAGGGAGACGACAAGGCCGAGAAACUGCCGUCUGCAAACCUGAAGCCCGGUGGCAAGGUCGAUGUGAACAUCCCUCAGGAUGACGGCGAUCUCAACGCGCAGUACGAGGCCGAGCUGCUCAAGUUUGCCGUCAAGCCGCCCAAAGAAGUCGAGGUGAUUCCCGAGGAAGAAAAGCAAGCAGACUACUACAAGGGUUUCCGCAGUGCUGUCGUGCUGGCCUGGGUAUUCUGUAACUUUGCUUUGGGCGCCGUCGUGCUCAGUGCCGCCGGCUUGGACAAGCUUGACGGGAAUAACAGCAAGAACUCCGAAGACUCCGAGAAACAUCGGUCAAUGAUCUACAUGAAGGUCGUGCUGUGGAGUGUGGCCGCGCUGUCCAUGUUCAAGUUCACUGGUGCCAUGUGGUAUCUGGUUGUUCGCAUGGUGAGUUUUGUCUCUGCUUCUGGCUAUGAGGGUCUCUUUCCCGGUGUUUAUGUAUACUGA